AUGGCGACGCCAGCGUGGUUCCAGGCAGCCCACCCCGGCGACCGGGCCCUCGUCUGCUACUUUCAGGGCGCGGGCGGGGCGGCAAUGGACGGCUCCAAGUGGGUCGCGAUCUCUCGGGACUUCGAUAUCUUCGAGGAGGAUUUCGCCGAGGCUGAUGGGCUGCGGCAGUUUCUGGCCAAUGGGCAGUUGCCAGCCGCUCUUCGUGGACUUCCACAUUUUCUGAUCGAUCACUACCAGUUCGGCGCGGACCGCCAGCACUACAUGGAGACGGGGGAGGCGCUGGCGCGGGGCCUUCGGCCCGCCGCGCCGGUGGCGCCAGGCCCCGCCCCCGGAGGCGGAGGCCCAGGCGCGCUCGUUCCUGCUGAGGGCGCCGCUCCCCUGGUGGAGAAGUGGUUUGCGCUGGAGGGCCAGGGCAUCGUGCAAGCGGGCGACGCUCUCACGGCCGCUCUCGGGGCGGUCGAGUUCAGCUCCAACGACCGGCGCCUCUUCAAGCUGCUGGACGGCGCGGUGCUGUCGGGCGGGCUCGAGGGCACACUGCCCGUGGCUCCUGGUGCUGCGGGCGGUGACGACUCUCACAUUCUGCCCGCCAAGCGGGAUGGCCAGCGGCGCUUCCGGCGCAGCUUUGCGAGCGCUCUGCAGGACAUGCAGCUCGUCGAGUUCGCGGACAGCUGGGAGAUCGAGGGCCCGCGGUCGGCCUACUUCACGGCGGAGCGGAUCCACGACGGGAACCACAGACCCGUUCAACGACACUACUGGUGGCGAUCGGUGAUGGGCCUGUCGGCCACCGACGUGGGCGUGGACGAGCACCUGCUGUUGUCCCAGCUCAUCGAGGUUGCGAUGGCGGUGGGCCAAGUGCAGAUCUGCAAUCUGGCGACGUUCGAGCUGGUCAGCCGCCAGUACCAGAUGUGGGAGAGCGCCUACAAGGACUUACUUCGUGUGGUGGACACCGGCGGCUCGGGCGGCGACGAUUGGCUGAAUGAGCGUUCUCUGUUCCUCGGUGUCAAGAAUCUUCGGAGCAGCGCCAUCAUCAUGCCCGAGUUGGAGGAUUUCGUGGCGAAGGAGUUGGCCUCCCGGGCCGCUGUGCUCAAGGAGCGCCGCAAGGCGUUUUCACCUCCGCAGCAGAUGAGGCAGCGCGACGUCCUGCCGAUCUCCCUGGCCGUCGCCUCGGAGGAGGGGUGGCUGUUCGAGGGCAUCCGCGCCCUGAACGAGUUGGGUGCUCCGCAGCCGCCUGCGACUUCGCCUGCUGCGUUGACUUCAGCUCAGGUCUCAGCCGUUCGGCAUCUUGCCCGACAGUAUGGAUCGGUCGCGGCUCCCCCGCCUGACUGCGGGAGCGCCCUGGGAGCGUGGCAGUCGCUCCAGGGUUCGCGGCCCGGCUACGCGGACGAUGCGUUGGCCGUCGGUGCUCGGGCGACCUUUGAGCGAGGGAACGCGUCGCUUCCCGCGGGGCUUUCUGGGCGAGUGUCUCUGAGUGAGUGCCUGCCGCCUGCCCUGCAGUCCGCGCUUGGAGAUCCUUCAAUCCUUCUUUCUGAGGGCGAGGCUGCCGUCCGUCGUGACAGCUUUGAUGGCAGCCUGUUCCUUGAUCCCGUUUUGCGGGACAACCCUAGACUUUUUGGAGAGUUCGUUUCCGAACUCUGGGACGCUGGUGUUGUGGAGGUCAGCGACGACGUGCUCGAAGAGAGGGGCGACGUCGAAGUUUGCUAUUACCAGUUCGCUCUCCCUGAACAGUACAGGUGUUUUUUCGGCCUGCCGUCCCUUCCCAUUGCGCACCUGUCCCCGGCCCUCGUCGCUUCUCUGCCGGACGCGGUUCGGGAACGUGGUUGGGCUCGCUUGCGGGCCCGCGUGGCGCCUAUAGGUUGGAAUUGGGAUGUGGCCCUUGUACAGGCCGCGAACCAGUACCAGUUAGAUGGAGUUUCCCCCGAGGCCCCGUGUCUCCUAGAUAAAGUUCCGCCCCCACCUCUUGGCGACGUUGGGUCGCUUCGCGGAUUGUAUAUCGACAACUUCGUUUCCCUGUCCCAGAGUAAGUCGGUUGCUACCUCGGACGUUCUGGGAAUGCAGUCUCGGCUCGCGGACCUCGGGAUCGCGUCGACCCUGGAGAGCUCGGAGGCGGGGGGCAAUGACUUCAUAGGUUUCACUUUGUUGGGCUCCUCGGGUGAGUGGCGUCCUAAAGCUAGUCGAUUCUGGAGGUCGAAGUUGGCGUCGGACUAUCUCUUGGAGGCUCGACCGAGUAUCACGGGGCAGGAGCUCGAGCGUUUCGUGGGCCAUGUUACUGCUUUGUUUUCGCUUUCCCCGGAGCUCUUGUGCCUCAUGGAAAAGGUCUACGUCUUCAUUCACGAGAGUUACACUCGCCGCCAGCCUUUGUGGCCGUCUGUACAUCGCGAAGUUCGGUGGAUACGUGCUCUGCUUCCUCUGGCUCGUGCGUCGAUGCGUCGGCCCUGGUCGAGCCGGGUCUUCGGCUACGACGCCUCCUGCUGGGGCUUUGGAGUCGGGUCUGUGCGCUGGGAGCCGGGAGAGGUCGCCGCCGUGGGUCGCGUUCGUGAACGGGCCCGCUUUCGUGGCCUCCUCAGUGUCUCGGAGGCGCCGCGGUCCCGGGCCCUCGAGCAUCAGGAGGAGCUGGAGAUCUCCGGGGCUUCGGAGGCCAACAUCCUGGGCCUGGGUCGGGCCCGGGCGUUUGCCGAGGUCCUGGCGGGCCUGGUCGAGCGCUGCUGGACUGGCCUACGCUGGCCGCUGGAGGGGGGCCCCAGGGCCCAGGUCCACCUUGGAGCUCGGGCCCAGACCUGGACGGUACGCCACGUUGCUCGUGAUUGCGGCCUUCACAACUCUCGGGUGCUUCUCUUGGGUGAUAACUUGUCUGUGAUCUUUGCGCACGCCAAGGGCAGGUCGUCCACGCCGGCCAUGAAUUUUCAGUGCCGGCUCGCCUCGGCCACCGCCCUCGCCGUAUCAAGCUUUGCGACCGGCGGGUCCCAUCGGAACUCAACGCCCUGGACGCUGCGAGCCGAGUUCACCAGCCUCGUCACGGGGGCAAAGCGGAGGUGGCAGUCCACGUCCGGCACCGGCUGCCUGCCGCCAGCGCGGUUGCGGCCUGCGGCCCCGUCCGACUCCGACGACGAGGGCGCUGCGGGCCUGGGCUUCUCCAGCAGCCGCUCCGCCGGCGCGCCGACGGACCGCGGCCCCGCGGCCCGCUGGGUCUCGAGCCGCCUGGAGCGCCUCCGAGUUGCGACGCGGGCGCGGCUGCGGCUGCUCGCCCCGCUGCUGACCGGUCUGCAGCAGGAGCGCGUCCGCCCGGCGACGCAGGCGGGCUACUGCGACGUGCUGGAGCCGCUGGCCGACAUUCUGGGGCGGAGACCGCUGCCCACCUUGUCGGGCCCGCAGUGGGAUUCGCUCCUCUUCAACUUCGCGGAGUGGACGCUCAUCAUGUUCGAGACCUACAUGCGCCCCUCGGAGCUCCUCAGCCUCACAGUGGGGCAGCUGGUGCCGCCUACCGCGUCGCGGGGCCAGGGAGCGUUCUGGGGCUGUUGCGUCCGCGUGGAGGAGCUGGGUCGGCCGUCCAAGACCCAGGAGUUCGACCUGAGCGUGCUCCUCGACCUGGACCGCCACCGCCUGCCCAUCCCGGUGCUGCAGGCGCUGCAGGGCGGGCGCGCGAGCGGGGGGUCCCUCUCCGACGUCAGCUCGAGGCACUUGUACCGGUCCUUCGCGCUGGCCGUGGAGCAGGUGGGGGACUCCUGUAUCGUGCCGAGCCUCUACGCGCUGCGGCACGGGGGCGCCAGCCACGAUCGUCUCGUUCGAGCGCGCUCGCUGGCCGAGGUGCAGCAGAGGGGCCACUGGCGCAGUUUCCAGAGCGUCGUGCGCGACGGCAAGCACGCGCAGGUCUCCUUGCAGCUCGACAAGCUUGCGGCCGCGUUGAGAAAUCAGAUUUCGCCGCUGGUCGACCGCGGCCUCAUGUCCUUCGCCGUGCACUACGCCAGGCUCUUGCACAGCCGCAUCCGCACGGCCGCAGGAUCUUCUUAG